ACCCGCUGUGCGCACGAUGGUGGCUUCGCCGGAGGCGUAGCACGGCGGCACCUCGCCGUGGGAAUAUUUACACGAAGAACAAUAAAUCCUGCGUUUUUCCAGUCUCUACAACGCGGCAAGACAGCGAGCAUUCCUGUAGAAACGAGAACUACACAGGCCGUUCCCGUGGAUUAUAUUCAUGUUAGGAAACGGCAAACAAAUGAAAGUUUACCUGCCCUGUUCCUUUGCGCCGGAUGCUAAUUUGCAAGUUCGUAGGAAAACUCUGAACGCUUCAGUGCAUCUUUUCCUAAUUUAUUUUUGCAGCUGUUCUGUCUGCGCCAUUUCAAAUUUAACUCCUGACAAAGGUGCGUUUAGUAACUCUGCACGGUCUUAUUGCAUUACAUUUUUGGAAAUCGUUUCACUGGAGUUUAUGAACAAUGCUUAAAAAUGGGAAUUCAAGGAGGAGACGUUUUCAACUAAAACAUAACAUAUUACUAUUUUUUAUUAUUUAACUAUUACUAGUUUAAUUAAAGUCUCAGCAGCUGGAAUGGCAAUGAAAACAGAACUAACAACGAACAUUGGAAUGCAGAUUCUAUGAGGAUCCGCCAAAGACGCCGGGCAAGAGAACGCGGUUUGCUGUGCAUUUACACAGCCGGGCUGCCUCCUCGGCUGUUCGGGCUGAACUGAGGUGGAAGGGGCAAAAAUAACAACUACAGCAACAGUAACAACAACAACUGCAACUACGGCGUAUGAAACGCUUUUCCACCUGGACAAAGCCGUCUCAUUCGUUUUGAGUACGGCUUAUUAUCCUGUCGGUCGGCUCAUGAAAGGGUUAAAACAGCAUAUUUUUGGCGGCCUUAUGACUGAUGAUAACAGGGUGUCGGGCCAGAAGGCGGGGAAAUGACACCGGCAAAGUCAUACCCUAGUUAAAAAAAGUCAUAUCCUUUUUUGGUUUUGCUGUCACAUUUAUACAAAUUUUUGCAAUUGCAAUUGCUUUAUAUCUAAGACGCUUGUAAACCUGUUUUUUCUCGAAACGAUUCCCUCUGUUUUGGAACUUCGGGGAUUCUCCCAGCAAAGAAAGAAAGAAAGAAAAAGAACUCCCCCAUCCCAGUACUGCGGCUCCAGCUGAUAUAUUUCGGCAUUGUUUUAUUAGUAAACCAUAACGGAAAACGGCUGUUAGAAGUAUAAAAGCCACAGGGACAGGUAGUAGGCUCUGGUUACUGUAACAGACGCACUUCUUGAUGGAAAUACACUGUAAGCACGACCCCUUCGCAGCGAUGCACAGGCAUGGCGGGGUGAACCAGCUGGGCGGGGUGUUUGUGAACGGGCGCCCCCUGCCGGACGUGGUGAGACAGCGCAUCGUGGAGCUGGCGCACCAGGGCGUCAGGCCCUGCGACAUCUCCCGCCAACUCCGCGUCAGCCACGGCUGCGUCAGCAAGAUCCUGGGCAGAUACUACGAGACGGGCAGCAUCAGGCCGGGAGUGAUCGGGGGAUCCAAACCAAAGGUUGCUACACCCAAAGUUGUCGACAAGAUCGCUGACUACAAACGCCAAAACCCCACCAUGUUUGCCUGGGAGAUCAGGGACCGGCUGCUGGCGGAGCGGGUGUGUGACAACGACAGCGUGCCCAGCGUCAGCUCCAUCAACAGGAUCAUUCGGACUAAAGUGCAGCAGCCUCCUCUACAGCCCAUCUCCACUCACAGUUUAGCUUCCACGGCAACAGUCACUCAGGUGUCCACGGUAACCAGUGACUCACCCGGCUCCUCCUACUCAAUCAGCGGCAUUCUGGGUAUCAGCUCAACCACAGAUGCCAGCAAGCGCAAGAGGGAGGAAGCUCUGCAGGAGUCCUCGCUGCUGAAUGGCCACGCCCACAUGGGGCGGGACUUCCUGAGGAAGCAGAUGAGGGGGGAGCUGUUCACGCCGCAGCAGUUAGAGGUACUGGACCGAGUGUUUGAGUGGCAGGCCCUCUCUGACCUCUUUCCCACCCCCGAUCCCAGCAGGCCCCAGCAGGCGACGGACUACUCAGCCAUGGUCUCUCUGGCGGGGGGGCUGGAGGAGAUGAAGGGCAGUCUGGUCACCCCUGGGGGGGCCGAGCUGGGGGCCGCUGUUCCUGGGCCACAGCCCUACCAGCUGGUGUCAGGUCGAGAUCUGGCCGGAACCACUCUGCCAGGGUACCCCCCUCACGUGCCCCCUACUGGCCAGGGCAGUUACUCCACCCCCACCUUGAGCAGCAUGGUACCCGGGGGGGACUUCUCCAGCAGCCCAUACUCCCACCCUCAGUACUCCUCCUACAAUGAGUCCUGGAGGUUCCCCAGCCCCGGCCUGCUGGGAUCUCCAUACUACUACAGCACGGCUACGCGGGGGGCAGGCUCAGCCAGCGCCACCACCACCGCCUACGAUCGCCACUGACACACGC